AUGGUUACAAAUCUUAUUCUACAGAAUUUACUACAGAUUAGACAUAAUGAAACUACAAUAGAACAAUUGGCAAAAGGGGACAUCAAAAGAGCUUAUCGCCGAAUAAAGAAGAAAGGCAUCUAUGAAAAAGACCAUUUAAAGCGAAUAGCUACUUACGUCAACUUAAAGCAUCCAAGUAUUGAGGGAAUUCGAUUGGUGGUCCCACUAACUGUUGACGACUACCCAUACGACACAGGAAGUUUUAUUGAAAAUUUCAGAUGUCGGACGUCUAGGAGACAUGCGUCAUUAUUUCAAGAUAAAAAGGUAAUCGCCGUGGCAUCACAUCAGGAAGUUUCGAAAUUAUUUGCAGAAAAGUUACUAGAGCGCAUACACAAACAUGAAAUUGAAGUUACAAUAUUUGGAAAAGAGAGCAUAGAAACAUAA